UUUGCCCCUCGGCCCCGGCUGACGGGCUCGUCCGCGGGACAGGCCCUGCUGCCUAUUCGCGGCCCAUCACAUCGCCCUUCCCUCCCCCACGGCCCGGCUCGACUCCCCCAGCUGCCUGCGAUCUCCUCCCGAUCCCUUCGAGGGACCAGGAAGGGGAAUGUGAGCUUCGCUUGGUAUCCCUCCGCCGGGGUCACCCCCUCCCCUCUGUGGCAGCAGGAACUAAUUCCCCUUCAGGUCACCGGGAACCUGAAGGUAGAAAUUUCACGGAUCAGGGUUCCCUGUGACCCUUGGAAGAAGGAACGAUCACCCCACGUUAGAAACCGCCUGCCAGCCCAAAAGCAGGGUUCGAUUUAAACUAGGGCUUUGGCCCCAUGACCCCAACCAAGCCCCGCCCCUUCCUGGUUGUCUUAGCGACGGCGGUGGCGUCCCAAGAUGGCGUCGUGGCUGCCGGAGACUCUCUUCGAAAUUGUAGGACAAGGCCCGGCGCCGAGCAAAGACUAUUACCAGUUAUUGGUCACCCGGUCCCAGGUCAUCUUCAGGUGGUGGAAGAUCUCUUUGAGGAGUGAGUAUCGAUCAACAAAACCUGGAGAAGUAAAAGAAAGUCAUGAAGACUUCCUAGAGAAUUCACAUCUUCAAGUUCAAAUUGCCUUAAUAUUUGGUGCAAGAAUAUUAGACCAUGUCUUCAAUUUGUGUGAAGGUAAAUUUGACUUCCUUGAGCGGCUUUCAGACAAUUUGCUCCUGAGUAUUAUUUCUUAUCUGGAUCUUGAAGAUAUUGCCAGGCUUUCUCAAACAUCGUGCAGAUUUGCAAAGUUGUGCAUGGCUGACAAACUGUGGGAGCAGAUAGUUCAGUCUGCGUGUGACAACGUCACCCCCGAAAUGAGGGCCCUGGCCGCGGACAUGGGCUGGAGGCAGAUGUUCUUCACCAACAAACUGCAGCUCCAGCGGCGGCUCCGCAAGAGGAGAGAGAGACAAGAAAGCCAGAGAGACAGUCAGCUGUAGGGACACGUUUUCCUACCUGCAGCGACGUUGAGGCAAGGCUGGGUUUUUCUUCUGUGUCCAAAUCCCUUCUGUUUCCUUUGAUUAAGAACUAAGAGGUUUUGCUGCUUCAAGGAGCCAUCUGAAGAGCGUGGAGUAUUUGCACACUAAUGCAGUGCCUAGCCUGAACUACAGUCCCAAACUUGUGAGGGUCAGAUCGUGGCCCCAGCACAAGGGCUGCAGGACAGGUAGCCCCACAGUCCCCAUCUUCCCAUCCCCUGACACCCACAAGACAAGAGGCUUCUGCUGUAUAGAAACAAACAAUAAAUGAUUA